UAUCCAUUAAAGGAGACACAUAAUCGACAGCGUUUCUUGGCAAUUAGCUUACCAUUGCGCACGAUAAUAGAAUCUUGAACAUAAGGAUUUCUUUUAUACUUUGUUGUUAUCAAUGGCACUGCAGCGGACCGCACAAGAUGCAUGCUCUCGGAAGGUACAUUGUGUUGACAAAAAAUACUUGGACGACCCUUUUGUGCAUUUUUUUGCCAGGGACACCACUAUCGUUAACAGCCCUUUGAUGAAUAGAGGAACAUGGCUUCGUACGACGGCCAUUGAGAGAUGUGUGAAGAACUUCUCAGAGAGCGUAAACGGUGAGCCAAUUCAAAUUAUCAGCUUUGGUGCAGGGGUUGAUACCCUCUACUUUCGUUUAAAAAGUCAAAUCGACGUAAAGAUUUCGGCCUAUGUCGAACUGGACUUUCAAGAUCUGGUUGAGGAAAAGCGGGCAAUUAUAAAACAAACCCCACUUCUUAGUCGUUAUAUAGAUUCUCAAUACCACCUUAUGGAUUGUGAUUUACGGGCCCCUGACGAUGUCAUAAAGUUAUUGAAGAAAUGCGUCAAAGCGGAUAUUCCGACAAUUCUUCUCGGCGAGAUGGUUUUCGUCUACAUUGAGGCCUCCAUCGUGACGGAGCUUUUGCGGCAAACCCUUCACGACGUGUUGGGCGCGGCAACCCCCGUGGAGUUGAUCACGUACGAUGCGAUGCAGCCGAACGAUCGAUUUGGUCAAAUGAUGAUUGAGAACUUAUCCAGGAGUGAGAUCUAUUUGAAGAGCAUUGCGGACUUCCCUACCCCCGCACAUCACGAAAAGCGCUGGAGAGAAAUUGGGUUUAAAUCGGUGAAGGCGAUGUCGAUGCGGCAUCUUUAUUUGACGGUACCAAAGGAUACCAUGGGGUGGUUGAGCAAACUGGAGAUGGUUGACGACUGGGAUGAGUGGAAUUUGGUUCACGAUCACUAUUGCUUUGUGGUUGCCCAUACGAAGGAGAAUAAUGAGCUCAAAAUAUUUUCCUAGCGUAGUCGUCUAACAGUUUUUUUCCCAUUAUUUAUUAUUACUGACAUAUACUUAUUUCUAAGCUAUGAUAUUUUUAGCAUCUAAAAGAGGGGUGGGGUUUUUAUGCAUCGCAGUUCUCAUUAUUUACCUUUCCGCUUUCCUGUAUUAUAUUGUUUUUGUGUAGAAUAUUCAAUCACCCCCUUUGUGUCUACGUCUCCCAUCUAUUUGAAA